AUGGUUCUCCUCGCAGUGUGCACAACUUCAUGGUUUGAGGCAUUUGAGAAACCAAACUCCACUCCAUAUGCUGCUCGAGUCAUGCCGGCUCUCCACACUCCCAAGUACACCUGCACCACAACAUUAGCGACUUUGCCUCGACCACCGCCUCUCACCCUCACUGACGCACCAUACUGCAGUACUCGGCCCAGUCCCCAACCCCACUCAAAUGCCUGUCCACCUCCACACACCACACCACUUAUCCGAUUGCAGCCUAAAGUGUGCCUCCAACAAGACAGCAUCACCAUACCUGACGAUCCACCAUUGAGUUGGUGA